GAUACUAACAGGUAAGAAACGUUGAAUUUUCAAAAGAAGAGAGAAAAGAGAAUUAGAAUAGAAAAAAAAAGAAAAAGAGAAAAAUUGUAUAGAAGAAAAAAAAAAGAGUGAAGAAGAAGAAGAAGGAUGCUUGGAGAAUGUGGAAGGAGAUCGGAGACAGAGAAAGGGGCAUACUUCGCCCAAAAUCCUUCACUACUCGCAUUAAGUCCAAUCGAAUUCGCACUCUCCAAAUUUCUAAUCACAAAGAUAUCGUCUCUCCUCACCGAGCCUCCAUCAACUCUCUUCAGGUUGAUUUGACAGAGGGACGAUAUUUGUUAUCUGGAGCGGCAGAUGCUUCAGCAGCUGUUUAUGAUGUUCAACGGGCCACGGAUUACGAGGCUGGGGGUCUCAUAGCAAAGCACAAGUGCCUAUUUGUUGUUGACAAGCAACAUGAACACGGGCAUAAAUAUGCCAUAUCCUCGGCCAUAUGGUAUCCUGUUGACACUGGCCUAUUCAUCACAGGUUCGCAUGAUCAUCACAUAAAUGUCUGGGAUACAAAUACCACACAGGUGGUGAUGAAUUUUAAAAUGCCUGGAAAGGUUUAUAGAACUGCCAUGUCCUCAUUGGCAACAACUCACAUGCUAAUUGCUGCUGGAACUGAAGAUGUUCAAGUUCGGCUUUGUGAUAUCGCUUCAGGGGCAUUCUCUCAUACACUAUCUGGUCACCGUGACGGGGUGAUGACGGUGGAGUGGUCAACUUCUAGUGAGUGGGUUUUGGUUACUGGAGGAUGUGAUGGUGCAAUACGGUUUUGGGACAUCAGACGUGCUGGAUGUUUUCUUGUUUUAGACCAGUCUCAUUCUCAGCUUGGGAGACGCCCAACUAUCCCUGAACACUCUGCCACUAAUAAGGCUUUAACAUCUAAGUCCCUAUCAUCUGGCCAAAAUUUGAAUGCAAAACCGCGGGCACAGCAAAGGAAGCUUGCUAAUGGGAAUGGUACAAAACAGUCACCCGUUGGUAGAAUGCCAGCUAAAGGAUCUUUGAGACAGAGAUUGCAUCCAGGGAUGUUGUCUAGUCUGGAUCGUGCCACUGCUCAUUAUGGUGCUGUUACAGGGUUAAAAGCAACCGAAGAUGGCAUGUAUCUUCUAAGUGCAGGUUCUGACUCAAGAUUAAGGUUGUGGGAUGUUGAAUCUGGUUGCAAUACACUUGUGAACUUUGAAACUGUGCGCCUACAAGCAGGCAAGCCAAUACAGUUGGCGACAUCUCAGGAUUCUGACCUUGUUUUUGUUCCAUGCAUGACAGCUGUGAAAGCAUUUGAUGUAUGGUCAGGCAAUACAUCCCAGACAUUUCGUGGACACUAUGAAUAUGUGAACUCGUGCUGGUUUAGUUCACAGGAACAGGAAUUAUACACAGGUGGAAAUGAUAAACAAAUUCUUGUAUGGUCACCAUCCAGGUUGAUUGCUGAUGAAAUGGAUGAAGGACCUGCUCAGGAUCGGGAUAACUGGAGUGAUUGACAUUUGCAGCUGAUGCAUUUCUGGCUUUUGAUCUUGACUUUUUGAAUCUCUCUGUCUAAUAUUAGCAUGACCUCUUAAGAGCCACUGUUGUCUGUUCCAUGUGUAUAUGCUCAAAUUGUUAAUUUUCAUAUUAUCUUUUGUUAUCAUAAGUUUUUUGGUUUAUCAGUAUGAUUUGCCACUGUUGUAACAUAGAUUUCUGUGCUGAUUUUAUAAUGAAUUUUUGAUUUUUUUUUUU